AUGCCUUGUAACCGCAUUGCCGAACUCGUCGAUGAACUCCUCACUCAGGUGAUGCGACAAGCUUGGACAAUGCGUGAUGCGUGUCUCAUCUUCAUCAGAUUCGCCUGCCGGUUCAUAAUCCCCGUCUUACUCGUCAAGUCUCCCAGCGGCUCUCGCGCCAAGUCCUCUCCGCAAAAAGCCAGGAUCGCCUUCAUGCGCUAA